AUGCCCAAAGAAUGGGAUAAGCUCAUGGAAGCUGCGAAAAUAGUUGCGCAAACUGAAGAGUCGUUGGCCGGUAAUAAGAACUCUUACACUGAAGAUCGCUACUCCAAAGGAAGCUCGCGAGACAACAACAAGCGCAACAAAAACAAAAGUCAAGACGGGAAAUCCGGAAAAGCAAGAGGUUACGACGAUAGACCGCGCUACAGAGAAGACGCGCGAGAGACAAUUGACAGAAUUGGGUAUCGAAAAGCAGUCAGGGAUGAUAACAGAGAAAAACAUUGGACUCCGCUCAUAAAAACACCAAAAGAGGUGCUAAUGACGGAGAACCAUGACUUCAAGGCUCCAAGGCCUAUGACGAACAAGAAAGGGCAAGACCCGAACCUGUACUGCGACUUCCACAAGGAUUCAGGCCAUCUCAUAGAUGACUGUAUCAGCUUACGUCAAGAAAUCGAGAAAGCGCUAAAAAGCGCAAAGUUAGGCCACCUGGUGAAAAACGUGCGCGAAGAAACGCGCCAGAUCCAGCGCCAUGACGAUAGGAAUCACAAGAAAGUCCGGCGCCUAGAGACACAUAUGGUCAACGGACCGAGAUAUAGCACGAGAGAAAAAGGCAAGCGCCUGUAUGAGCCAUCUUGGCAAGAACAGCGAGUCAUUUUCCCGGUAGUACGCGGGGGCCCUCACGCAACACGCCCCGUUGUUAUUACUGGCAUUGUUGGUCAUUAUGAAACAGAGUACAUCUUUAUUGAUCCAGGAAGUACAGCAGACAUCAUCUAUGAGCAAUGCUUUAACCAGUUCGACGAUGAAGAUAAAACGAGACUCGAGCCAGUCGACUACCCUCUGUCAGGCUUCUGUAACGAAAUGGUCUUCCCACUAGGCCAAAUCAGCUUUCCCGUCACAUUCUCUGACGGAAAGCAUUCAAGAACAACAAAUGUGAAUUUCAUGGUAAUGCCUGUCAAAUCAAGGCAUGAUGUGUUAAUUGGGAGAGAAACCCAAGGCGAAUUAAACAUGGUAACUUCCACACCCCACUCAGCCAUCGGGUUUCUAACUGAAACGGGGGUGGCAAUUAUCUAUGCAAAGAAGGAAGUAAUGUCUGCAGAAGAGAUGCGCCCAACCAAAGCGGUGAAGGUUUCAACAACUAAACCAGAAAAGUGGGUUUUAAACCGAAAGGACCCAGAGCAAACGGUGACGAUAGGCCACGCAAUCUCACCAAACAUCAGAACGCACCUUAAACAACUCAUGUUCAGGAACAUGGACAUUUUCGCCUGGACUCCGACAGACAUGACCGGUGUCCCGUGCGAUGUCACUGAACAUUGUCUGAACACUUAUCCCUCCGUCGAACCAAAAGUGCAAAGAAGACGUAGCUUAGGGGCGAAUAAGACUAACGCGAUGAAUGAGCAAGUGUGUGAACUGCUAAAAGCAGGAAUCUUGAGAGAGGUGCGCUAUCAGAGUUGGGUGGCAAACCCCGUAAUGGUGGAGAAGUCAAAUGGAGGAUGGAGAAUGGGCGUCGACUAUACCGAUCUCAACAAGGUUCAAAUGAAGCUCGAGGAAGAAGACAAGACAGCUUUCAGAACCGAUCUCGGCAUCUUCUGUUACACAAAGAUGCUGUUCGGCCUCAAGAAUGCCGGUGCAGCAUAUCAGCGCCUGAUGGAUACAAUCUUCGCUGAAGAUAUCGGAAGGCACAUCGAGGUUUACAUCGAUGAUCUGGUAAUCAAGAGUACCGAGGAGGACCAAAUGUUAAAAGACAUUGAGAAAACGUUCAACUCGUUGAGAAGUGUAAACAUGAAGUUGAAUCCUACCAAAUGUUCUUUUGGUAUGGAAGAAGGGAAAUUCUUGGGCUUCAUAGUCACAAAUGGCGGCUUUAAGGUCAAUCCAGAAAAAGUUCAAGCCAUAGAGCGGAUGCUAUCGCCUCGAACAAUCAGAGAAAUGCAACGAUUGGUCGGCCGUUUAGCCGCGCUCAACCGUUUCCUAUCAAACCACGCUGCAAAGUCAUAUCAUUUUAUCAGCACCUUGCGCAACUGCGUAAAGAAACAAGAGUUCAAAUGGACGCCCAAAGCAGAAACCGCAUUCCAGCAGAUGAAAGAAUGUUUGAUAAAGCUCCCUACUCUGACCGCGCCAUUCGAAAAAGAACCACUCAUAUUGUACUUAUCUUCUUCGGAUAAGGCGGUAGGGUCGGUAUUACUUAUGGAGAGAAACGGAGUACAGACUCCUAUUUAUUAUGUCAGUAGGGUGCUUACCGAUCCAGAAACGAGAUAUUCAACACUUGAAAAAUUGUACUCACCAACUUUCACAUCGGGGCCUCAAACGAGCUGGGGGGGCCACAACAUCUUGUACAGGCCGCGCCCAGCCAUCAAGGGUCAAGUCCUUGCGGACUUUAUCACAGAAGUCCCAGUGGAAAAAAUCAAGGAUUGCGAGAUUGUUGAGACGCCCGUGAAGGACACGUCUAAUGAGUUAUGGUUGCUGUACACGGAUGGGGCCUCAAACGAGGAUGGCGCAGGAGCUGGGUUGUGCCUUGUGAGUCCCGAGAAGCAUGAAUUUACUUACACCGUCAAGUUGGAUUUCAAGAACACCAACAAUGAGGCAGAGUACGAGGCAUUCUUGGCAGGUUUGCGCCUCGCCAUAAAAAUGGGAGCUCAAAAUCUACAAGCACAUGUCGAUUCGCUUUUGAUCGCCAGUCAAAUCAAUGGAAUUUAUGAUGCAAAGGGCGAAGUUAUGGCCCUGUAUUUGGAUCAGGCGAAAGAAUUACUCCAACGAUUCAAGUCAUACAAAGUAGUUCACAUCAAUCACUCCGAAAACAAACCAGCAGAUGCCUUGAGCAAGCUUGCUUCAACCUCUUUCCACCAUCUCGCUAAAGAUGUAAGGAUUGAAGUACUCAAAAACCCAUCAGUUCUGCUACGUCAAGUGAAUAUGAUCGAGAUAGGGGACUCAUCUUGGAUGACCCCUAUAAUCAAGUAUUUGCAAGAAGGAAUACUCCCUGAAAGCAGAGCAGAGGCAAGGAAGAUUCAGAACAAGGCCUUGCAUUAUGAGAUGAAUGGCAAUAUCCUGUAUCGAAAAUCCUUCUUAGGGCCACUAUUGCGCUGUGUGGACCCUUAA